AUGGCGCUCUUCGACGAGGAAAAUUCCAGUCAACAUUUCAAUUUCAGCACAGGCAAUAUAACAAAUACGGAAAAGUUGCGCAAUGACGACGUUUCACAGGAGCUCAGGCCUUUUAUCCGGUCCAGUCGAUGGUGGUUCCUCUCGACUGCAUUUCCUAUGAUCGCUGGCACUUUGGGCCCAGUUGCUUCAGCAUUUAGUAUUUGUUCAUUAGCUGAGCCAUGGCGACAGAGCCGCGUCCCUGCGGGAGAAAUUCAAAAUGCCGUGCCUGUUCCGGAUCCCUCAUGGCUAUUGAUCAUUGAGGCUAUCCAGCUCUUAGUCGGUAUCAUUGCCAAUCUCUUCCUUCUUCUGAACAUGGCUAGACGGGUCCGUUUUGGUAUAGCUCUGCCUACUACGAUAGUUGGAUGGUAUGCCUCGUCAAUUUGUCGCAUUGUUCUAUGCGCUACUGCCGCUCGGCCUUUCAAAGACAAAGGAUUAUCCAACGAAGACAUUAUAUGGUCUCAGUCCUUCUACUACGGCAUGUUUGCAGCCAUUCUCUAUUUCGCCGAUGCGUCACUUCUUACUAUUACUUUCUGGGGCGCUUAUACGCAUCGCUAUCGCAAGGAUCUGGUACUAACCAUGAGUCAACGCACCCUCAUGCUUCAGAGCAUCUUACUCCUCAUAUAUCUUCUCCUUGGUGCCUAUGUCUUCUCUGAGAUUGAGUCCUGGAACUACCUCGAUGCUGUAUAUUGGACAGUUGUUACACUUUUCACGGUUGGCUUUGGGGACUAUUACCCUACGACUGACCUUGGGAGAGGACUCUUGAUACCGUUUGGCUUAGCCGGGAUUAUAUCUCUGGGCUUGGUAAUCAGCUCAGUCAGAAGCUUGCUCCUUGAGUAUGGGAGACGAUGCGUUGGGGCAAGGAUACACAAUAGGAAGCGUGACAUGAUUAUCAGGAAGAUGCUCCGCAACGGUGACAGCAAAACCUUGGACCCCGUUUAUCAAGACUUGCAGCCACCUCAUGCAAAUUUGGCUGAAUUGCAGAGACGCGAGUUUGAGCGCCGCAAAGCUGAAUUUCAACUAAUGCGGAGAAUCCAGGCCAAGACCUCCACGCGCAGAAGAUGGGUAGCAAUGGCCAUUUCGACGUUCUUAUGGCUCCUCCUAUGGCUGGUAGGCGCUCUCAUCUUCCACAAAGCCGAAGAGGUCUACCAAGGCUGGACAUACUUUGAUGCGGUUUAUUUCUGCUUCGUGGCUUGGACGACUAUUGGAUACGGGGAUUUCGCUCCAGUGUCUAAUGCAGGAAGAUCGUUCUAUGUGUUUUGGUCUCUCCUUGCUCUGCCAACCAUGACUAUCCUUAUCUCAAAUGCGAGUGAUACUGUGGUUAGGAUUGUGCGGAAUGGCACUAUUCUCGUAGGGAGUAUUACAAUUUUGCCGAACGGUCAGGGGUUUGUUGGAAAUGUGAAGACACUUGGCAACAAAAUUACAUUUGGCAGGGUGUUCAGAGACCACAGCAUGGGACCUGAUGAUACAGAAGCAUCUUCGAAAGCCGAUAAUCAACAAUUACCUGCCGAUCAACCUUCUUUUGCGACUACAAACUCACGGAGCACUGAACCUCCUCCGCCUUUCACCUCCUGUCUGCAGAAUAAUCUUGGCAAACUUCCCACAGGGACCGAUUUACAAUUCCUCCUGAUGUCCGAGAUCCGUGUUAUCAUCAAAGACUUGAAAGAAUCCAAGCCUCAUCGCUAUACUUUCGAUCAGUGGGCCUGGUAUCUCAAGCUUGUUGGAGAAGAUGAGCAUAACCCAAGAACACAUUGUAGAUUUGACCUACAGAAGGAUGACCACAAUGUCUCAGAAAAAUGGUCGUGGAUUGAGAAUCAGAGCCCUUUGGUCAGUACCCAGGGUGAGAGUGAAUGGAUUCUGGAAAGGUUGAUGGAUAAGCUUCAGUUAUCAUUGAUGGAAGAGGGCAGAGGGCACAGGAUUAGUUCGAUUGCCGAGGUGUAG